AUGGAUUUGGUUCCAAAAGGUUCGAAGUUACGAACUUAUUUUGAACAACCGAUAUGGGCUGGAGGGGUGAGUAGGUCGACGUGGGCAUUGCUUUUCUUAUCUACUCCUGUAUAUUUCUUCGCAGCAGAUCUAUUCCAUACUAAAGCUCUAAAAGAGAUAUGGAGUUUGUGGAGAGGAGGUGCCUCUUGGAAGCGCCGAUUGUUUCGAUUUGGAUCUAUGAACUUGCUGAUGUCUCUUGGUAUCACCAUUGCCUAUUUCGCCAGUAUAGCACUACUAAUUCUUAGUGCAACUAGUCAACCUAAGGAGGUCAUGGGUUAUACCAGCACAUAUUUUGACUCUGUUGUAUUCUUGGCAUUCUUUUUGCUAAUGGGCCGAUGCAUUGAUGCUUAUUCAAAGGCUCAGACCGCGUCAGCAGUGUCUAUGCUGGGCAAUUUAAGACCCGAUACUGUUAAUGUUAUUGAACCCGAACAGGGUCAGACAGUGUUGAGUGAUUACCUGCAUAACGAAAGCAAAGCUGUAUCUAUUGAUAUGGUAGAGGUAGGAGACUAUGUCAAAGUUUUACCAGGAGAAAGAUGUAGUGUGGAUGGAAUUAUUGUAGAUGGACAAUCCACGUUCGAUGAAUCGACUCUGACAGGAGAAAGUAGACCAGUGAAACAUGGUGUUGGAGAAGAGAUUUUCGCAGGAACCAUCAACACUGGAACAGGUGCGGUUGUCGCACGAAUCAAAGCCAUUGAAGAAGGUUCGUUAUUGAACAGUAUUGUGUCUAUUGUUAGAGAAGGGCAAUUACAUCGAGCUCCCAUAGAACGAGUGGCAGAGAAAAUUACUGGUAUAUUUGUUCCCGUGGUUACUCUUAUUGCUGUACUCACUUGGGUGAUUUGGCUAGCACUUGGUUUAUCGGGAUCUCUUCCUCAGAGAUAUUUGGAUAUCGAUGUUGGUGGGUGGACAGUUUGGUCUCUGCAAUUUGCUAUUUCGGUAUUUGUCGUUGCUUGUCCUUGUGGAAUUGGUCUUGCUGCGCCAACUGCAUUGUUUGUUGGAUCAGGACUUGCUGCGAAGUAUGGAAUUCUAGCUCGUGGUGGUGGUGAAGCGUUUCAGGAAGGAUCUAAUAUCGAUAUUAUAUGUUUCGAUAAAACAGGUACUCUGACAGAAGGUGGAGAGCCUAAAAUCACAGAUCAUCAUUUUACAGGCACAAUAUCACUGGAGCUGCUGCAAAUUGCUAAUACCAUGGAGGGAGCGUCUACUCAUCCUCUAGGCAUCGCUGUGCGCAAUUUUGUACAAAUUACAUUAGAAGAGGCCAAGAAUGACACAGUAGCUUUAUAUUCUCCAGCUGUGAAGAAAAUUGAAGAGAUUCCUGGUAUGGGACUGGAAGCUGAGAUAGACGGACCGGAGAUCGCCAAGGUUCUUUUAGGCAAUGAACGAUUGCUGGAGAAAUAUAAUUCCAAGGUUGAUGACGAAACGAAUGACCUCAUGAAUAAGUGGAAAGCUCAAGGAAAGUCAGUGAUACUGGUUGCCACUUCUAAAGACAGAAAUAAUUUUGAAAUCAGACUUGUUAUGGGAGCAGCAGAUGCAGUCCGACCGGAGUCGAAAGAAGUUAUUGAAGCCUUGACGAGCCGUGGCAUUGAAUGUUGGAUGAUAUCUGGAGACAACGAAAUAACCGCCAAAGCAGUCGCGGCUCAAGUCUCUAUUCGACCAGAAAAUGUGAUUGCUGGUGUAUUGCCUGCCGAAAAGUCUGAUAAAGUGACAUGGCUGCAGAAGUCAGGCAAUAGUAAACGUACCCCGGGAGGCGCCAGAGCUAUUGUAGCCAUGGUUGGUGACGGAGUCAAUGAUGCACCAAGUUUGUCCAUUGCGGAUGUUGGUAUUGCAAUUGGUUCAGGUUCCGACCUGGCGUUGACGUCGGCUAAGUUUGUUCUUCUCAAAUCGGAUUUGUACAGUCUGCUUAAUUUGCUAGACAUUUCUCGAGUAGUAUUCCGACGAGUUAAAUUCAAUUUUGCCUGGGCCCUGAUAUAUAAUCUAAUUGGCAUCCCUGUGGCGGCUGGAGUUAUCUACCCGUAUCACAACUCCCGAUUGAGUCCAGCUUGGGCUUCUCUCGCCAUGGCUUUGAGCUCAGUGUCGGUAGUCACAUCGUCACUCCUUCUCAAAUUGUACAGACCCAAGGGUCAAUAA